AUGCGGAUCGUUUUUCUUCAGACGCCCCAGGGAGGACUCCUCACAGAGCAGGAGGCUCGCGUCAAGGCGGCGUUGGAGAACGACAUUUGCGCCGAUUGCUGGCCAUGGGAGAAGUACCGCGAGGACGGCAACACGGAGCGCUCUGCGAAGCGUGGCAUUGCCAUUGAGAACCACAUGCUGACCGCGGAGAUGCUCUCUGGGCUUUCUCACAUCAUCUCCUGGGGCGCCACCUGGGAUUACAAGCUCCAAGGUGGCCCCAGCCUGGAUGUGUGGAACGCAGCGGGUAUCGAGUUCUACCCAAUGAUUUGGGGCGAUGGCACCAUUGCUGCUGCAGAGGCGAAUGGCAUGCCGGAGGGCAGCCGGGCUUUGCUCGGCUUCAACGAGCCGAACUUCCCGGAGCAGGCCAAUCUCCAUCCGUACUGGGCUGCAUACUACUGGAAGGAUGUGGAGAGGAUCGCGGAAUUGAACAACAUUACCACGAUUGUCUCGCCAUCCAUGAACUACCAUUGGUCCUUCGAUCCGAUCGACUGGCUCUACCAAUUCUUCUACCACUGCGAGGGCUGCAAGGUUGAUGCGAUCGGCCUCCACGUCUUUAGCUGCUAUGCCAACGGCUUGAAGUACCACCUGGACCGGUACCGAGUGUUUGGCAAGCCGAUGUGGGUCACGGAGAUUGCUUGCUCUGACCCGCACUCGCCGGAGCGGCUGUCGGCAGAGGGCCAAAUGGCGUACAUGAAGGAGGCGAUCCCUCUCCUCGAAGCUGAUGAGGACGUAGAGAUGUAUGCUUGGUUCAGCUACUUCAAGGAUCAGUGGGCCCAUCCGAUCGUGGAUGGAGAGAACGGCGAUGCUGGCCUCAUCCACCCGAACGGCACCCUGACAAACCUGGGGAAGUUGUUCGAAACCUUUGCCGCCGGAUCCAACCUGACGGAGAUCAACAUCACGGCCCCCGAGUGGAAGAACGAGACAAACGAGACGAGCUCAACUACGACAACAGAAAGUGAGACCCUCACGACUACCAAGUCUGCAACCACGAGCGUGUCCGAGACUGCGACAUCUUCGACAACAGGAUCGGAGACGUGGUCGAGCACCCUCACAGAGUCGACCACGACCGUGACAAGCUCGUUGACAGCAACUGGCACGGAUACAUCUACUCAGACGGGAAGCACGACCACGGUGUCCUCGUCGAAGACCGACACGACAACCCAGACAGACACUAGCACUUCAGCAACAACAACGCGCAGCUCAAGCAGCAGCUCGACACACAGUUCGAGCGCAACAUCGAGCACGGCCACAAGCAGUACGAAAACAUGGUCAGGCGAAACUUCGUCAACCACUGUUGUGACAGUCACAGACACAUCGGUAACUGCUACUGUCACCAGCACAGUGAGCACGACAGAGACUUCGGUAACCGAAACCGCAACCGCUACAAGCACUGGCAGCACCACGCUGAGUGCCACCAACCCACCAGAAGUGGCCACCACAGCCAUGAGCACUACUGCGACCACAACUGCAACACUGGCAGUAGCCACAGUGACCGGUACUACCACUCUCAGCAGCACGGAGUGGGCAAUGCCAGCGACGACCAAGACUCUGACCACCACCAGGACACUGUCGGCCACAGUGACAACGACCUGGUCCACCAGCGCCACCAGGACCACCAAGAUGGUGGAGGCACCGAUCACAACCGUGGCCGAAGCGACGACUGUCACAGGCACAGCAACUUGGACCGGCACAAGCACUACCGACAACCUGGACAGUGCCAACACCACCACGGAGCAUGCGCACACGAACUACACCAGCUCCCGUCACCUCACGGGCACGGCCCCGAGUACGACCAUGACUCAGGGCGGUGAGUCCACCACGUACACCCUGGACGAGGAGGACAACACCACCAAUGACACCGAGCUCACGUGUGGGGAGGCAGUGGAAGCUUGGUGUCAGUCCGAUCCAGAGGCUGCACCUUUCUUCCCGCUCAGACACUGCUCCGAUUGGCGUCUCCACGAUGCCAUGUGCACUUCUCCUGUGGGCGGUGGCCAGGCCGCUCCCCAAUUCAGUGCUGGCACCACGCUCCAAGAAGGCUCCCCUUUGUCGGUGCUCUUCUUGAUCAUGGCCGUGAUCGGUGCAGCCAUGGCAUCCGCGGCGCUCACUUCGGCAUUCCACAGGCAGCGCUGCCUUUGGCUUCGCUUCCUUUGCUGCUGCCAGAAGCGACGGGAGGACGAGGAGCAAGAGGACCUGAAGCGGGCAGUCUCCGAGAAAGACUGGCCCGGCCGGUGCUUGAAUGUCAUGGGGAAGAAUGCCAGUGUGGCACCAGCCCCUGAGGGCGGCGUGCUGCUCCCGGUCGAGGAAGUAGCCGUGGGCACACCCGUGGGCACGACGCCUGCUUCACGAGUGGCUGCCCUUCACACGCUGCAAGAGGCUAUGGCAAUGGCAACGGCUGAAGAUGCUACAUGGGACGAGAAGCAGGUGGCCCUGGACCAGGUUGGCCGCCUCCUGGCUGGCGGCGCCACCGCGAACCUGCCGAUGGCCUUGCGACAGGAAGCCGAAGCCUGGCAGUGCCGACAAGAUGAGAGGUUGCGCCUCGCGCGAUCUUUGGAAGCAGCUGCCGAGAAAGCGGCGGCCCUGGAGGAUGGCGCUCGCGAGGCGAUGGGCGAGGACGGCACGACGAGCGACGACAACCCUCUGCGAGAGCUGAUGGCCCGUGCCAAACUCUCCGUAGAUGCUGGCGAUCGGGAGGCGAUGCUGGCUGAGGCAGCUCGGCGCGCUAGCGCGUUCCAGGAAGAACUGGACGCCCAAAGGCUGCGGCUACAGGCUCGUCGCCGAAAGCAAUCCGAUGGAGACUCGUCGCUGCUGACUGCUGGGGCACUGCUGGAGGAGCGUGACGCGCUCGCUGGGCUCAAGGACAAGGUGGCUGCGGAGUUUGCCGCCCUCCCGGGUCUGCGGGAGGAUGGUGCCGGCGACGAAGCCUGGGAUUCGGCCUGCGAUGCUUUGGAAGAAGCAUGGAAGCAUCUCUCAGCAGACGUGCAGUCGGCAACGCAGGAGGCUCAGUCAGCUUUGACCGCAACGUUGGGUGGUAGCAAAGUCGCCAAGUCGCUGGAAGACACGGAUGCCGAACGCCGGGCUGCACUGGCAGAGGCAGCUCGCCGUGCUGCAGCCUUCGAUGAGGAACUUCAGAAGCAGAAGCAGAAGUUGCAGAAGAGGGCCAAGGGCAAAGGGAGCCAAGCCGCUGCGUUGGAGCUUGGAAGGCUCCUGGAGGACAAGGAGGCGUACGAGGCCCUCGAGUCUGAGAGAGCUGCUGCCCUGGAAGAGUGCCAGAAGUUCAUGGCGGAGGGCAAGAUGAGCGAAAGCGAGGCUAACGACUGGGCUCAGCUUGUCGAGGCGCUAGAUGCCGCCAAAGCGGAUUUGGCUGAGCUGGCUCCGGAGACGAGUGCCGAGGCGCUUCCCAAGUCCAGCGCUUGGGCCGCCAUCGCCGCGAAGAUGAAGACCGGAAAGCUCGAGGUGGACAGCCAGGAGCAGACGGCGAUGUUGGCUGAGGCGACCCGACGUGCUGCAGCCUUUGACGAGGAGCUUCAGAAGCAGCGAUCGCAGAUGAAGAAGCGAAGGAAGGCUUUGCAGAAGGGCGCAACUCCCGACCAGGUGGACCCCCUCGAGGCGUGCAGGACUCUCGCAGACGAGCAAACUCUGAAGAAGCUGGCGAAGGAGCAGGCCGAAGCCUGUGCGCAGUGUGAGGCAUUGGCUGAAUCUGCCGAGGGCGACACGAAGGAG